CGCAAUCGCCCCCUUGGCUCGUUUCACUCCACCUGCCGCCACCCCUUGAAUUCCGAACCCUAAUUCCCUCUUGCAAGCAGAUGAAGGCGAGUGAAGGUGACAAGAACUUUCUGCCAAUCGAGAUUAUCAUCAACGUUCUCAAAAGGCUUCCUGCCAAAUCCAUUGUUCGAUUUCGAUGUGUGUGUAAAGAUUGGAAAAAUCUCUUCAAAACCCCAUCUUUCAUCGCCGACCAUAUCCACCACUCUCAUCAUGAGAAUCCUUUUCUCCUCCUCCAUGAACACAAUCUUCAACAAAGGCGUUUGUCCUUACGUUUGCUCAAUCAUGAGAUGAAAACAGUUGAAGUUUUGAGCUUGCCGCCCUCGAUUGAUCCCUUCGGACAUGUCUACUGGGAAAUCAUUGGCUCCUGCAAUGGCUUGCUUUGUGUCGUAGUUGAUCCUGCUAGCAGUAGGUCUCCUUGUUCGCUUUGGCUGUGGAACCCGGAGAUUAGAGAGGUCAGAGAAGUACCCCAAACAACGAAUGACUAUUGGGACAAGUGCCAGUUUGGAUUUGGGUACAGUAGCGUCCUUAGUGAUUACAAGAUAGUGAGAUUUUGUCAUAAACAGGGGCGCAUAAAAAAGGAAGACGCCAUCUGGGGAUAUGAUAUUAAAGUGGAAGUAUUUUCAUUAAACACAAGUUCAUGGAAGGAGCUAGAAUCUGGAGCUUCACAGAAUACAGAAAUUAUAUUUCCAAACUAUCAGUGGCAGUGCUGAUGGAACUAUAGUUUGGUUAGGAAGACAAGAUCAUUGUCCUGUGGUAGUUUCUUUCACCAUAGUGACGGAAGUGUUUACAUUUACACCAAUACCAUUUGCACGUCAUCAUUUAUAUUAUCGAAUUUGUCUUGGUGUGUACGACAACAAAUUCGUUAUAUUUUGGAAUCGUCGUUCGUCUUGUUUAAUCGAUAUGUGUGUGUUGGAGGAGGUUGCUAGUGAAUCUGGGAAGAGUUUGUACUGUACAGAAGAAGAUACCAUUAUAUCAUUUUCAUUUGCUUUGAAGCCAUUAAGUAUUUGGAGAAAUGAAAUAGUGUGCUUUGAUGAACGUAAGGUGGAGGGUCAACCAAGGUACUUUCUUAAGUUGUUCAAUCUCACUACUAGGAAAUGGAAAGAGUUCCACAACUUUUCUGCAGGUCGUGAAAGCUGGUGUUAUGGUUUCAAUUAUAAAAGGAGCCUUGUGUCUGUCUGCAACAUCCAGGAAAGUUUUCAUGCCACUAGGCUACAAGGCCAUUGGCUUUUCCUUAAACCUUUGAAAUUAUAAUUCUGCCCCCAUCAGACAAUAUUUUUCUUUCGGCCUUGCCCCUCUUUUGAGCACACACGCACGCAACAGAGCCGGUGGUCAGAGAGAACAGAACAGAGUCGGUGUUGAGAGAGCCAGAAGCUUUGAAUCCCUGCUCCAGCUAUCACCAUCCUCAGCCCUCAUCACUGUCGUCGCUCAUCUUGUCACCGGCGACCGCGUGAAUGCCGGAAUCUCCACUGCGUGUUGCACUAGUCUGCUUUGUCUAAUCCUCCCUUG